UCACUUCUUUCUCGUUGCUUCAUUUUGGUUACUGUAUUAUGUACCACUAGAAAUAAAAAAAAGGUUGAUUGAUUAUCUAAAAUUGAUAAAUUAAUUUCUGAUUGUGUCCGUUUGGUCACUGUAUUUUGAAAGUAUUCACGGGAAAACCUAAUUACUAUCAUCACUGCAUUGAUGCUAGUUUGACUAAUGUGUUGCAGUUCAUAACUGUGACCACUAGAGGGCACUGAUCACCUUCUUACAGUGAAAGAGAAUAACAUUAAUUAAUAACAUUAGCAUAGUUAGCUAAAUUACCGAAAAGUAGCUAUAAAUGUUCAAGAUCCUAGACUGUAAAUAUAUACUCUAUAUUAUAGCUCUGUGAAUGUCCUGUCCACCCCCUUAAACCGUUGGACAGAAUAUUAGAAAUACAGCUGUCUGUUUUAUUUCAGUGGUUUUGACUGAAAAUGUUAGUUUGGAACUGUCUGUCUUGACCAGAGACUAUUUAGAACUGCCCUCCAGUGGUCACAGUAUUGGCGGUCGCUCUAUAACAGUAGUCUUCACUACAUGAUAACUUUACUACGGCGUUACAAUGUCAGGGCUUUGUAGCUCCUCUCUGCUCUUACACGGACUGCAGCUGCACUGAUGCUCCCUGCGGUUUGGUGGUAAUGAAAGCAAGAGGACGUCCCAGUCGCAACGGAAACAUCCGUCUCCUGUAUUUUCGGUCACCGAGAAACCGGCAGGACGAAUUCAGGCUUUAUUGUAGUUUUCCUGUUAGGAUGUCGUCUUCUGAAAAUGCUGCGUCACAUGAAGUCUGUGAAGCAUCACUCCCUACAUCAGAGGCUGAUGAACCCCUGAGGAUUGUUCUGCUGGGGAGGACGGGAACAGGCAGAAGCUCCUCAGGCAACACCAUCCUGGGCAAGUCUGCCUUCUGGGUCGACGUCUCCCCCUGUUCUGUCACCACACAGUGCAAGAGACAGACUUGGACAGUAGACGGGCGGAGUGUCUCUGUGAUUGACACUCCAGGUUUCUUCCACACACACCUGUCCCCUCAGGAGGUCAUGGCAGAGGUGGGACGGUGUGUUGUCCUGUCCUCUCCGGGACCCCACGCCUUCUUGGUGACGCUGCAGCCCGGCAGGCUCACCCAGGAGGAGAGGGAUGCCUUAGAGUGGAUCAAGGCUACGUUUGGGCCUGGAGCCAUCAGGUUUACCAUGGUGUUGUUCACCUGGGGAGACCAGCUGCAGGGCAAACGCAUCGAGGACUUCCUGGAAGAGAGCGUUGAGCUGUCGGAAUUUGUCAGCAGCUGCCAUGGGGGGUAUCACGUCUUUGAUAAUAGUGAACAGGACAAGAAGUUGUGCUCACAACAGGUCGUACAGCUUCUGAAGAAGAUAGACAAGAUUGUGGCCAACAAUGGAGGCGGUUGCUAUAGCAACGAGAUGUUCAAGGAGGCUGAGAGGGUCAUCAGAAAGGCACAAGAGAGGAUUCUGGGAGAAAGAGGACACAAGGUGGAGUCCCUUCAGAGGGAGGCUGAAGACAAUCAGGAGCAGGGACCAGAGUUAGAGAGGAGGAGGGAGGAAGAAGAGGCCAGGAAAAGGGCAGAGAGGCUUUUCUGGAGCGAGCUGGUGACUGCGCUGGGGAAAGGUGCAGCAGAGGGGGCGGGGAUCAUGGGGAAAGACAAAGGGAAAGGGAAAGCUGUGAAGACGGUGAAGGUGAUGGAGAAGGCAGCGGCUCUGGCAGCGUCGCCGCUCUCCAUCAGUUCAGCUGCAAAAGCGGUGGGAGGAGCUGUGAGAGAAGGAAGUAAGGUGUUAUAUAAACACAGAAAAACUUUCCUGCACUGAGGGAUGCUUGACUCUGACUGUGGUCGACGCAGAGGUGAUGAUGUGUGAAAGAAAAAGUCACUUAGCUGCUUGUCCAUCAUACAUCUAAUGCUAUUCGUCUGUUUAACAUCAGCACAAUGCACCAACACUUUCACACCAUACUGUUAAAUUAAAAAUGCGUGUGUGUGAGAGAGAAUUGACAUGUUAUAAUAAAUGUAAUGUCAUUAAAAAAAUUAUGUGCAAUUCAACUUGAUGUGAAACUAAAACAUUUGUAAGUGUCAAAAAAUAGCCUUUUACAGAAAUUCAACAUGCUCUAAUGCCAUUUCCCCAUUUUUAUCCCUGACGCAACAAAGACAGUUCAGUCAAGGAAACCACCCAGGAAAGAUAAAAACUUUUCUUUAACUAGAACAUUGCAGCAGAUAUCUGUUCCAUCAUUGGCUUCUUUCGAGACAUGACAAAAUGUUUUGCCCAUUUUUCUCCCGUGAAGAAAUACAUUGAUAUAAAAAAAGACAAGGCCAUUAAGAGGAAAUACAAAAAACAUACUUGGCAAUUAGGAUAAAAAUGUUUGCACAUAAUACAGUAAGAUAUUCAGGGAGUGUCUAACACUACAGAACCAAAGAGGAAGACGCUUUGUGGAAGAUUACAGAGUACAAAUUUACUAAAUAUUUAUCAUUACGGUAAAUCAACAGGCAAGACAUUGCACAUGUUUAACAGUUUGUCAAACAUGUGGCGGUGAUUGGAUAAAGUGUAGGAACCUUUGACAUGAAACUCUGAGCACUCUUACAGCUUUAACACAGGAAAACAGUGGAUCUGUAUCUGUACUGUGGAAACUGAAGCUACAUACAGUAACAGUCUCCCGAGCCAGAGUCUCUCUCAGAACCUACAAGGGAAAGUAAAGACAAAUACAUAGUUUCCAUAGUGUUACUCUCUUGCAUGACUCUUCCACGUGCACAUCAGGGACACAUUUCCAGUGUCACAUUUGCAUCUUAUGAAGACAAA